UUCUCUCUCUCUUUGUACUGAGAAAUCAAAAGGUUGAUAAUGGUAUCAUGUGAAUGAUAUAGAGAGAGAAAGAUAGUGAGAUCAAGCUUACACGGUAAGAUAUAAUACUCAUUCAGUUUGAUUAUCCAGAAACCGGAUUCAUUCAUUACAGAUGACUGCUUACGUCGGUAUCUUAGUAUCAGAUCCAUGGCUACAGAAUCAGUUCACUCAAGUCGAGCUUCGAAGUUUGAAAUCUCAUUUCAUGACGAUGAGAAAAGAGAGCGGUCGUCUUACGCUAACGAAUUUACCGGCUAUGAUGUCGAGGUUGAAGCAUGUAGGAGAGAUCCUUACGGAGGAAGAGAGAGUUUCAUUUCUUCAAGAUUCGUAUCAAAAUUUGGACGAUGAUGUCGACUUCGAGCUCUUUCUUAUGGUAUAUCUGAACUUUCAAGCGCAUGCAACUGCAAAACUAGGAAGUGGAACAAAGCACUCCUCUGCUUUCCUUAAAUCUCCUACUUCUGCGUUGCUUCACACAAUUAGUGCAUCUGAGAAGGCUUCUUAUGUAGCACAUAUCAAUAACUAUCUUAAUGGAGAUGAGUUUAUGAAGAAAUAUCUUCCAAUAGAUCCAUUAACUAAUGAUCUCUUUGAAAUUGUUAAAGAUGGAGUUCUUCUCUGCAAGCUUAUUAAUGUGGCAGUUCCUUCCACAAUUGAUGAAAGGGCUAUCAACACUAAGACUUUACUCAAUCCAUGGGAAAGGAAUGAGAAUCACACUCUCUGCCUUAAUUCUGCCAAGGCUAUUGGAUGUACCGUCGUUAAUAUUGGAACUCAGGAUUUUAUUGAAGGAAGGAGGCAUCUUGUGCUUGGAUUGAUAUCACAAAUCAUCAAGAUACAAUUGCUAGCAGACCUCAAUUUAAGGAAAACACCUCAACUAGUAGAGUUGGUUGAUGAUAGUAAGGAUGUUGAGGAGCUGAUGAAUUUACCACCAGACAAGAUUUUGCUUAGGUGGAUGAAUUUUCAAUUGAAAAAGGCAGCAUACAAGAAGACAGUCACCAAUUUUUCUUCUGAUAUAAAGGACGCAGAAGCUUAUGCUCAUCUAUUAAAUGUGCUGGCUCCGGAGCAUACUAAUCAAUCUAUUUUUGCUUCAAAAGAUCCUAUGGAUCGAGCAAAACUAGUUCUUGAACAUGCUGAUAAGAUGGGUUGCAAGAGAUACUUAACUUCCAGAGAUAUUGUUGAAGGCUCUCCAAAUCUUAAUCUUGCAUUUGUGGCACAUAUAUUUCAACAUAGGAAUGGCCUAUCAAGACAAACAAAGCAAGUGUCUUUCCUUGAAACAUUACCCGACGAAGAUCAGGUGUCUAGAGAAGAGAAGGCAUUCCGGUUUUGGCUAAACAGUCUAGGAAACUCGUCAUAUAUUGACAAUGUUUUUGAAGAUUUGAGAAAUGGGUGGGUUCUUUUGGAGACUCUUGACAAGGUGUCACCCGGGAUUGUUAAUUGGAAGAUUAGCAGUAAACCUCCAAUUAAAAUGCCAUUUAGAAAAGUAGAAAACUGCAAUCAAGUUGUGAAGAUUGGGAAACAAUUGAAGCUAUCUUUAGUAAAUAUUGCUGGGAAUGAUAUUGUUCAAGGAAACAAGAAGCUGAUAUUGGCUUAUCUAUGGCAACUAAUGCGAUUCAACAUGCUUCAACUUCUGAAAAACUUGAGAUUCCAUUCAUAUGGAAAAGAGAUCACUGAUGCUGUUAUUUUAGAGUGGGCUAAUAGUAAAGUUAAAACAACAGGAAGACAAAGCCGCAUGCUUAGUUUUAAGGAUAAGAGCUUGUCAGAUGGAAUUUUCUUCCUUGAACUACUUAGUGCUGUAGAGCCACGAGCUGUUAAUUGGAGUCUUGUUACCAAAGGAGAAACAGAGGAGGAGAAAAAGAUGAACGCUUCCUAUAUCAUCAGCAUUGCUAGGAAGUUAGGAUGUUCUAUAUUUUUGCUAAUUGAGGACAUAACUGAGAUAAACCAAAAGAUGAUGCUUACACUUACAGCAAGCAUCAUGUAUUGGUUCUUGAAACAACAAGCAAUAGUAGAAGACAGGCCAGGCGGUGCAAUAUCUGACAACGAGAGUGUGGGUAUUUCCGAGACAACGUCGAACACAUCAUCAACAAUUGAUGAUACUUCUUCUGAAUCAUCUACGGAUGAGAAUGGUUGUAAUAGAUGAACAACAACCACCAGAAGAAGAAGAAAGAAUGGUGUAUGGUUGAAUUUCUCUUCAAUCAUAUGCCAAUUAUAAUAAUAAGUUGGUUGAAUUUCUUUCUCAACAACCAACCAAUAUUAUUUUUUGUUUUUGUUAUUGUUCGGUUAGUUUGAGAUAAUAAUAUUUUUUGGAAAAAACUGGUUAGGGUGGUGGGGAGUGAUCAGAGAUAGUAUGUUGUGCAAAUUUGUGUUGUUAUUUUAUUGUGUAUAGAAAGAUUGUGAAAUGAACUGCAUAAGAUAAAUAUAUAUAUAUAGAUUGAAAAAUCUCAUUUAUUUGACA